UACGCGUAAAGCGCCAUUGCAAACACAACAAAAAACACAGCGGAGAUGAGAGGGCUGAGGGAAUCGGUGCGUUGUAUGUUUUUCGGAUUUCAUGUGAUUCCUUAAGAUGUCGUUUGAAAAGGGGCACAAAUUUUUAUUUUUCUGAAGUAUAUGGAUUUAUCUAAAUAUGUUUUUCAUAGCCAAAAUUGUGUUUACCUGGAUAAAUCAGUGAAAAUAAACGGGGAAUAGUUUUACCGUUACUUGGUGGCGUUUAUAGAAAAACCAAAAAACAGCCAUAAAAUUGACGUAUCAUAGGACCCCAACACCACUGACGGAAAGCAGCUUGAACGGAUAACACAUGAAUGGUCAAGCUUGAGUUGUAUGUCUCCAGGAAAAGCUGAAAAUAGUUGGCCAACAGGGGUCGUAUCAAACUUCGGACAAAUCAUGAGUGAAAAUCGUAAUAUUGUGAUAGGAGGAACCUCCUAUCCCGCCCCUGGAGGUUCCAUGCUAAACCAGUCAAUAUCACACGUACAAAUGGCUCAACAGAUCGGGAACACCCAAAUGAUAAUGGGAGGUACACACUCCAUGUAUACUGGCAUGAUUGUGAAGCCUGGUUCAAAUUACUCUAGUCCACGGUCCAGUGUGGGAAGUGGAGGGGAUUCGAAGGGCUCGAGUCCCCGGACAAGUCUUACAAAUCCACCCCCUCCCCCGCCAUAUGACCAGAGGUUUGGAAGUCCGAGGUCAAGCUUAGCCAGCCCUAGAUCAAGUAUAUCCGGUACAUCUUACGAAUCCAAACUGUCCAGUCCGAGGACGAGCUUAGCUGGAAUGUCAGGUGUGAUGCUUGACAAAUUUCCGCCUAGUCCCAGAAACAGUUUGGUUCUGGACAAUUAUGGACAGUAUCAUUCAAAUGUUAGUCUGGGGCCCACUAAGAAUCUGUAUCUUCUUAAUGACAGUCGUUUUAAUGAGCCAGCUCCACAUGCACCACCUGCAUAUUCAGAUCCAAGACUGCGAAUGCAUGCAAAUCCAAUAAGUGUGUCCCAAAUGAAUAAUCACAAUCUCAAUGGAUCUCAAUUUCACAAGCAGAUGAAUGGAAAAUUGAACUAUUCGAUGUCUGGAAGCCUGAACAGUUUACCCGGAUCACAGGGAACACCCCCUGCUAUUCCGGCUAGAAUUCCUCUUAAUCAGUCAUCUAACAACAAAAACUUUGAAAUGGAACUAGCAGUGUUAACCCAACAACUGGAGGACAGUAUGAAAAUGACUGGAUCUCAAAACUUUUCUAUGGACCAGACGGUCCAUAAACUCCCCCCUCCCCCCUAUCAUGGUCCCCAUAAAACAGAACCUGUCCCUAGUCUACCCCCUCGAAAUCCACGAUACACAACCGCCAGUCCAAACCUUAUCCAAACCUCUCAGCACCACUACCAGCCUUUAACGUCAACUGCUACUGGAUUUGUCACGUCAACUGUCCCUGCCCACGGAAAAAACCCUCCCUCCGUGGCGGUGAGGCCCCAAGCACAGAUGCCAUUCCAUAUCACCACGCAUCCUGGGAAAUCUGUCACAGAAAGCAUAGAACAGAAGGUGGCCGCUCUCACCCAGCAGUUAGAAGAUGACAUGGAAAAGUCCCCCCAUGGAGAAUAUUUUGGUCAGUGCUUUACCUGUGGGGAGAGGGUGGCAGGUGCCACAGAAGCCUGUCAGGCCAUGGGGAACCUCUACCACACCAAGUGCUUCGUGUGCUGCUCCUGUGGACGAACGCUGAGGGGGAAAGCUUUCUACAAUGUCCAUGGAAAGGUGUACUGUGAGGAGGACUAUCUGUAUUCUGGUUUUCAACAAACAGCUGAGAAGUGUUGUGUCUGUGGACAUCUAAUCAUGGAGAUGAUAUUACAAGCGAUGGGGAAAUCGUAUCACCCAGGGUGUUUUAGAUGUUGCGUGUGUAAUGAGUGUUUAGAUGGAGUCCCCUUUACAAUAGAUGUAGACAACAAAAUUUACUGCAUCGCAGACUAUCACAGAGUGUAUGCUCCCAAGUGUGCGGCAUGUGGCCAGGCUAUAACUCCUGUGGAGGGUACUGAGGAGACAGUGAGAGUUGUGUCCAUGGACAAAGAUUUCCACGUAGACUGUUACCAGUGUGAGGACUGUGGGAUUCAGCUGACGGAUGAAUCCGACAAACGCUGCUAUCCUCUGGAUAAUCACCUUUUCUGCCACGGAUGCCACAUCCAGAGACUGAAAAGCCAGUUUCCAGAUGAGCACUUUUUCUAUGAUCCGGUAACCAAAAACAUCCAGAACAAAGUCAUAAAGGACGGCAAACAGAGCAACAGCAUCGCCGUAAUGCCUGCUUCACUGGAGUCUUACCCUCAGAAUGUUCCACCCUCACUCCCGCACGCCCCUUUCCUUUCUAAGUCAGAGUCCCCUUCUCUGGGCCCAGGUUCUCCUGCCAUGAUGAAUGGAGGGACCUAUAGUUAUUCCAACCGAUACCACGGCAAUCCUUACUCUGCUCAGCCUGGGCCGCAAGUCCCCUCCUCCAAGCCUGGGGCCACCCAAUACCAAGUUACAGAUCUAUAAAUAGAACUCUGGGUCAGCCAGGGCCUCAAGGCCCCCUUACAAAGCCUUGGGUCAUCCAAUGCCAGUACUUUCAUUUGUAAAUGGAAAUCUGGGAUGUGUAGUAAAUUUUUCACGGCAUGAUGUUAAGCUGUGUUCAGCUUUAUUUACAUUGCUUUUCGUGCAUGUUCGGUGAAGUGCUAAUGUGAGUAGGAAUACAUACAAUGCACUGUGUCAAACUCGCAAAUAUUUAAACAGUUUUAUAGUGUGUGAGGGUGCAUCAUCUUUUGGGUUUUUUUUUUAUAUUCUUUUUUUCUGGUAUUUUACAUUUUUUUAAAGUGUUUGUCUCAUUGAAUAUCAAAAAAUAAAAAUUGAGCAGCAUUAAAUUUUGUACUUCACAGUGCUUGUUUGGCAUGAAGAUCUAUGUCUCAUCUUAUUAAAAGUAAACAUACAACAUUCCAAUGACUAGUUUAUCUGCUAUACAAUGUAAUUCCACCUUGUGUGUAAUACUGUCUGUAAAUCCCUAUGUCUGUUAAGAGCAUUGUCAACAGAAUUUGAAAUUUUUUAAUCUAUUUCAUUUUCUUUAAAUGAACUUUAUGCUGAUUGAUAUUUCUGUUUUUUCCUCCACAUUGCUAAGAAAUCAUUGAAUCAAGAAAUCCUCAUGUUGUUAUGAGCUUUAUAUUUUGACUUUGAUGUUAUGGUCUAUGGGGAGAUAACUGCAAUCUAUUAUUGCCCCAUAUGUUUUUAAGAGCUUGAUACUUACAAUGGGCAAUAUAUCCAUGAAACCUGUCAGAAGCAGUGUUUGACUAAAUGUGUUCAGUAUUGCAAUAGUCUAGACGACUUGUACAUAUAAUCUUCCAGUUUAUUUGUGCUGUGUAUUUCAGGGUAUAAGAUUAUCAUCCGUUGUUAACACAUCCUGCUUCAUGGCCUCACUAAUUUCAUGUUUAUCAAAAGUAUGUAUUAUUUUAAUCACUGCUAGUCAAAAGUCCAAUCCAUGACCCAUUCAUCACUGUUUUUUCUUCAUGAAAAGUUUCUCAUUAGAGCAAAUUUACUAAUCAUUGAACCAGCAUGUUCAUCCUGUGAAUAAUGAUAAAAUGUCUGUAAUUUGAUUCCAAAUUCCCAGUUUCACACAUGAAAGUUAUACCACAUUAUUUAUUGUUUUCUCAUUUUAAAUGAAAUAGUGAUAGAAUGUAAUAUUAUAUUCUCUGUCUCAUGUUUACCAGUCAUUUGAUUUAGCUUGUGAAGUAACAACCUUUGAUUGCAUCAUGACAAUUUUCCGUGUUAGAAAUCUUUGUUGUUGUCCACAACAUCGUGUUUCAUGUCAUGUGACUUGUGCUUCCCCUCGAACUUUGAAUAAGUCAUUUCCUGUUUUAUUUAACACAAUAUGGACUGCGAGCUUGUCCUGUGAAGACUUUUAUUUACUGUAUAUAUGUUGUUGGAUUGUUCAGUGUACAUAUUGGUCGUCUAUAUUUAUAGUUUAUUCUUCACAUGAUAUGUGGGUUGUUUAUGUGUAUUUAUUUUUUCCUGUGUAUAAGUUCCAGAAAUGAAGAAAUUCCUCCUGUAUCUUGAGGGGUUGGCUGAAAAAGUCCGUGGCAAUAUAUACUCCAAGAUAUGGUUUAUGGGGAAAUCCCUCCUUUGUCACAUGAUCAGUGGUUUAUGGGACUCCUUCUCAUGUCACAUGAUCAGUGGUUUAUGGGAAUUCUUCCUGGGUCACAUGAGAAAUGGAUUUUGGGAAUUCUUCCUGGGUCACAUGAUCAGUGGUUUAUGGGAAUUCUUCCUGGGUCACAUGAUCAGUGGUUUAUGGGAAUUCUUCCUGGGUCACAUGAUCAGUGGUUUAUGGGAAUUCUUCCUGGAUCACAUGAUCAGUGGGUUUAUGGGAAUUCUCCCUGGGUCACAUGAUCAGUGUUGCAUGAGAAGUGGUUAAUGGGGUAUCCUUCUGUGUCACAUGAUCGGGGGAUAAGGGAGGAAUUUCUUUUGGAUGAUCGGUGGUUUUGCUUUGUGGCCAUUUUCUGAUUUUAACCAUAAAGACUUGUACAGUGGCUUUUGUCUUUGGCAAUCUGUAACUAUAGUUGUUUUUCUUUAAGAAAAUUUGAUUUGUAUUAAUUUCAUUUUCUUGUCAAGUUUUGUUUUUCUCUUUGGAAUAUGUCUCUAAUAGUGAAUAUGAUUUUUUUGGGGGGAAAACCUUAUAAGAAAGUGUUGUAUAUGACGGGGUAUAAACAUCGUUAAAUGUCUUCCUGUUUCUCUGCGUGAAGUUAACAUAUCUGAAGGAAGCUCAAAAGAAAUAGUAUACAGUUUUCAAAAUUGAAGAGAAACUGGUAGAUCUGUAGUGUAGAAGAGAACAAAUUAUAAAUUCUGCAAUUUGCUGUUAAUAGAGUGUUGGAAAUGUUUCAGUACAGAAUGGAUACAUGGAAAUGAAUAGCUAUGUAUUAAGACUGUAGUGUGUGGACAACAGAAUGCAUAUCAAAGCCGAUUUUAUCACCAUUCGUGGAAUUUCUAAAGAUAAUUUUCUGAAUUAUUGAUAUUGUUGGUAAUUUGUCUUGCAUUGUCCACAAAGUGAAGAUUUAUAUGUUCUUAGAUCUGAGAGGCGAGCUGUGCUCUUUGAGUGAAAUUUUCUGAAUGCUAGAAUGCCUUUAGAAUGUACCAGAGGGCUAUGUUAUAAAAGUAGUUGAUAUUUUGAAUUAAAAAAAAAUCAAUACGA